AAGGUCACCGCUUGCCCCGCCCGGGCGGUGGCGGGACGCGGGCUCCGGGAAGGGCCGGGGCUGGAAGUUGCCGCCCUCCCUCCGUAUCCGGGUGGUUGCUCCCGGGCGCAGCCGGACCGCCGGAGCCGGUGCCAGGCGAAGAUGGCGUACCCGGGGCAGCCGGCGCCCGGCGGGUUCUACCAGGGCGGGUAUGGAGGCGCUCCAGGAGGACCAGCAUUCCCAGGACAAGCUCAGGAUCCUUUGUAUGGUUAUUUUACUGCAGUAGGAGGGCAGGAUGGACAAAUAGAUGCUGAUGAGCUACAGAGAUGUCUCACCCAGUCAGGGAUUGCAGGAGCAUAUAAACCUUUCAACUUAGAGACUUGCAGACUUAUGAUCUCAAUGCUGGAUAGGGAUAUGUCUGGCACACUGGGAUUUAAUGAGUUUAAAGAACUGUGGGCUGUGGUCAAUGGCUGGAAGCAACACUUUGUAAGUUUUGACAGUGAUGGAAGUGGCACAGUGGAUCGUCAGGAGCUGGAGAAAGCCUUGAUGACUAUGGGAUUUAGACUGAGCCCACAGGCUGUGACUGCAAUUACAAAGCGAUACAGCACUCAUGGAAAGAUUGCAUUUGAUGAUUACAUUGCCUGCUGUGUGAAACUCCGAGCUCUCACUGAAUGCUUUAGAAGAAGGGAUGCAACUCAGCAGGGUUUUGUGAACUUCCACUAUGAUGAUUUCAUACAGUGUGUUAUGAGCAUCUAAAUCAAAAGGGAGCAAGCUGUGGAUGAUCAUGAUUUAACAUUCCAGUCUGUGUUUUGCUUUGCCAAGUCCUCCAAUGAUUGUGUAUCUCAAUAUUGGUAACUGCAUAUUUUAUGAAGGUAUCACUUUAAAUACAUUUUUUUAGUCUUGAUAAUGAAUAUAAAGUACUCAUGUACUGUUGUCUUUAACUUCCAGUCUGUGAUUAUUAAAGAUGCUUUUUAUUUUCAUAAACUUGCAGUUCACUACCUAUAACUCAGAUCAUGCAAAUGGUAAGAUUUUCAGUCAUGUGUCUACUUUUUUCCUGUGAUUCACUAAAAUCAGUUUCUGGAGUGCAAUUUACCUUUUUCUGACUUAAAAAGUAACAUAUGUAUGACUUAAGAGGAUACAUAUUUUCUUGUCUUUGACAACAUAAGAGGUGCUGAAAGGGCUUUUGAAGUGGCUGUUUUGCACUGGUCUGUUUGAACAUCAGUAAGUUUUGGUUACUUUGUCCGUUCUUCUGAAGAUGAAGGGUGUGACACCAUGCACUGAGUGUAAGACUACCUGCUAGAACUUCUUGUAAGCAGGGAUGCAACAAGACAUAGCAGAGAACUCUUCUAUCCUUGUGAUCUUGUACAGGGGCCUUUGUUCCUGUAAGGUUCUUGCUUUGUGUCACUACAUAAAAUGCUUUUAAACACACAAAA